CCUACAAGUUCUGCCCCGCUUCUACUAUCAUGGUCAGCGGGAUACUCACCAUGCCCUCUCAGCUUUCAGACGUGCUCCCUACAGCUGUCCUUGUCGGUCUCAUCACCCUCGUAGCUUACUAUGCUAGACGAAACAAGCAAUAUCGUCUGCCACCUGGGCCGAAAGGCCUGCCCAUUGUCGGGAAUGCCUGGGAUCUCCCUGCAGAGGGUUGUGAGUGGGUGGCGUACCAGCGGUGGGGCAAGCAAUAUGACUCUGAUGUCAUCUUCCUGCGGUUCUUUGGUGCUCCGGUGGUCGUUCUCAACUCUGCAAAGGCGGCCCUCGAUCUGUUUGAGAAGCGGUCGACGAUAUAUUCUGACCGACAGCAUCAGGUUAUGCUGCAUGACAUCGUCGGCUGGGGCAAAAAUUUCGCCUUCCUGCACUACGGCGACGAAUGGCGGACCCAUCGGAAGCUGUUCCACCAACACUUCAACCAGAACAUGGUGCACAAGUAUCAGGAACAGAUGACUCACGAAUCAAAGAAGCUCUUGCAGCAUCUUCUCGCUUGCCAAGGCGAUUUCAUGCCGUGUAUACGCACCAUGGCCGCUGCAGUUAUCUUGGGCAUAACGUUCGGGAUGGAAGUGCAGCCAGAGAAUGACCCGUACGUGAACACGGCGGAGAAAGCGAUGCACGCUAUGGCUAUGGUUACGAACCCGGGAUCGUAUAUGGUGGACUACGUCCCUUCCUUACGUUAUUUGCCGCGCUGGGCCCCCGGUGCACAGUUUAAGCGUGAUGGCGCAGAGUGGGCUGCAGCAGUCACGACAGCAUAUGAGAUGCCCUAUCAGUUUGUUAAGCGCAGCAUGGCGAACGGGACCGCACUUCCUUCCAUCACGUCAUCUUUGCUGUCAAAGCUAGACGAGGGCAAAGACAACUCCAGGGAAGAGUAUCUGAUCCGACAUGUUACUGGCACGGCUUACGUCGCUGGUGCCGACACGACUGUAUCUGCGCUGGAGUUUUUUGUACUCGCCAUGGUGCUUUAUCCAGAAGUGCAGAAGACAGCUCAAGAGCAUAUUGAUCGUGUGGUUGGAAAAGAACGGCUACCUACGUUCGAGGACAGGAAAUCUUUGCCCUACAUUUCUGCUCUCAUGCACGAGGUUCUCAGAUGGCGUCCGGUAACCCCGCUAGUGGCAUCGCACAGGUCAAUGGUGGACGAUGAAUACGAGGGAUAUCACAUCCCGGCAGGUUCAAUGGUUGUUGGCAAUGCAUGGGCCAUGCUUCACAACGAAGAAAGAUUCCCGAACCCUGAAAACUUUGAUCCUAUGCGUUUUAUCACGCCUGAUGGGCAGUUGAGCGAGGGUGCUGCAGAUGCUAUGGCCUGCUUUGGCUUUGGCCGACGCAUCUGUCCCGGACGACACUUCGCACUGGAGUCUACAUGGGUUACCAUUGCGCAGGUCUUGGCCGCGCUUAAUAUCGGAAAAGGGGUCGAUGAGCACGGUAAGCUCAUUGAGCCAAAGAGAGAUUGCACGCCUGGCUUCCUGAUCCAUCCUCAACCGUUCAAAGCGAUCUUCAAACCCCGUUCUGCAGCUGCUUCAGCUAUACUCCAGUCUCCCACAUUUUUCGACUGAUAUGCGUGCGUGACUACUACAACGCAAUUGUGAAGACCAGCUAUGCAAGAAAAAGUGACUUCGCUUCGCAACGUGGUAACAUUGCUCCAUGACUGUCUGUUUCUGGUCAUCUCGAGAAAUCUGUUGUCAAGUACUGUGUUCAUUCAACAUAGAAAAAUGAAAACUCUC